CAAAAACAAAUUACCAAAUUUUUUUUUUUGGAAUGAAGCAAUUGUUUAUAAAUAUUAUAUUACUAAUUUGUAUUAAAAAUAAUUUAGCAGCUCAUGAACAAUUAUUGCAUUAUGUUAGCGACGAGGUAGCCAGUGGAUCUUAUAAAUAUUACAGUUUAAUGUAUGAUGGUAUUGUUAAAAUAUUAUUAGUAACACAAAAAGGUGACGCGGAUUUAUUUGUUUCACAAUUUAUAAACAAACCGACUUACGAACCAGAUCAAUAUUGUCUUCAAUCAACAACUUGUGGUGAGGAUAUAAUUUUUAUACCACAAAGUUUCAAAAGACCAGUUAGCAUAGGAGUGUAUGGUCAUCCUUCUCACGAAGCAAGUCAAUACAAUUUAUUUGUGUACCAUGUAGCACUUGGUGCUGAUGAAAUAACAGACGAGCAAAGUACUAUCAACAGUCUUGAGACUAGUGUACCAAAAAAAAUUACAAAAAAAUCUUUUGUAUUAGCUUUUCUCUGGACACUACUCGACGAAUUUAUUCAAGUAUUAUUUUAACUGUUAAUUUUAUUUAUUUACAAUGUUGGAGUAUGAAAAUCAGAUGUUUUUGGAGAUACUUCAGGAAGAUGGGCUUGUUAUUUGCGCCAAAGGGUUGGGAAUGGAGACUGUUUUUACAAAUAUAUUGAAAGUUUAUUCAGAUCCUGGUAAUUUGGUUAUUGUACUUGGUACUAUUGAUUAUGAUGAAAAAUAUUUUAUAGAUAGAUUAAAAACAAUGAAUGUUAAAACAUUACCUAAAAUUGUUACUGCUCAAAAUACAUCUAAUGAACGUGAAAUAAUGUAUUUAGAAGGAGGUGUGUUAUUUAUAUCCGGUCGAAUAUUAGUCGUAGAUUUAUUAAAAAAUCGUGUACCAUUAAAUUUAGUAACUGGAAUAUUAGUUUAUCGUGCUCAUGGAAUUUUAAACAGUUAUCAAGAAGCGUUUGCACUACGGUUAUACCGUCAAAAAAAUAAGACUGGCUUCAUUAAAGCAUUCACCAACUCAGCGUUAGCAUUUACUGUAGGCUUUUCUCAAGUCGAGCGUGUAAUGAAAACUCUUUUCGUCAAGCAAUUGUAUCUCUGGCCACGAUUUCACUCAGUCGUAAACUCAAGUCUCUCGAAACACAAACCGGAAGUAAUAGAACUACAUGCAAAACUCACACAUAAAAUGCAACUUAUUCAAAGUUCACUUCUCGAUCUUAUGAAUUUUAUUGUCAAAGAUUUAAAAAGGUUGAAUAAAUUUUUGGACUUUGAUGAGCUGACGGUCGAAAAUGCAAUCGCUAAAAAAUUUCACAAGCAAUUACAGCGUCAGCUGGAUCCUAUGUGGCAUCAACUGGGGUCGAGUACCAAGCAAUUGAUUGCUGAUCUUAAAUUACUUGGAUAUUUUCUUACGCAGUUGAUUCAAGAAAAUUCAGUGGCAUUCUAUGCGUCAAUAAAUCGGUUGAGGACAAUGGAGUAUGCGAUGAAAGGAAGUGCUUGGUUGAUAUUGGAUGCUGUUGAUGAAUUAUUUACCAAUGCUAAAAGUCGAGUUUAUAAUAAUAAAAAUGAAUUAAAGCCCGAACCAAGUCCAAAGUGGGAGGCAUUGAAUGAAAUUCUCAGUGAAAUCCGCCUACAAAUAAAUAAGAAAGAAAAUAUAUCUGAAAGUACUAAGAGAGUAUUGAUACUUGUUUAUGAUACUAAAACAGCAGUACAGUUGAAAAAUUUCCUGACAAUGGGUGCUGGAGAAUAUUUAUUGUACGAAGCAAUGAAAUGUUUAAAGAAAAAUGAAAUUAUGAAGCCAAGUGAAAAAUCAAAAGAUAAAAAGGAAAUAGACAGUCAAGAAAAAGAUAAAGGAGCAGAAAAAGAAGAAGAAGAAGAAAAUGAACUUGAUAGCUACGUUCUAACAUUUUCACAAAAACCACCUGAUGAAAAAGAAUCUGAAGAAGAUAAAAAUAAAACUAAUUUUUUUGAAGAGUGUUCUAUGCUCGCGGAUGCUGACAUCUCAAAAUUAUCUUCUAUGACUGAGCCUAUCAUUCUAAUUCAAUCAGUUAAAAGAGGCGGUGACCCGAUGGCAUUACAAAGAACUUUACACGAAACAUUACCCGGCUUUAUCAUCAUGUAUGGAGCAGACAUCUCAUCAAUUCGCCAACUUGAGGUUUAUCAAAACAAUAACCCGUCAAUUGCAUUAAAAAUUUUUUUCCUCGUUUACGGAGGGUCUGUUGAAGAACAAGGAUACUUAACAGCACUACGUCGGGAAAAAGAAGCUUUUGAUAAAUUAAUUAACACUAAAACGACAAUGGUCAUUCCUACAGAUCAAGAUGGAAAAAUGGAAGAUAGUAUAACGACAGCACCUCAAGUUGAACAAAGUACUCGACAGGGUGGUAUUGAAUCAACAGCUAAAGUAACUCCUAAAGUUAUCGUCGAUAUACGUGAGUUUCGAAGUGAACUACCGGCUUUGUUACACAAACGGGGAAUUGAAAUUGAACCUGUUACUAUUGUGGUCGGUGAUUAUAUCAUAACUCCAGAAAUUUGCGUCGAAAGAAAAAGUAUUUCUGAUCUGAUAAUGUCAUUAAAUUCUGGGAGAUUGUACAAUCAAGCUGUAUCAAUGACAAGGCACUACGCAAAACCGAUGCUUUUGAUAGAAUUCGAUCAAAAUAAAUCAUUUUGUUUACAAGGAAAUUAUUACGUGAGCCGUGAUAUGAAAAGUUCCGACGUUACAAGUAAAUUACAAUUGCUCACUUUACAUUUUCCAAAACUUAAAAUCGUCUGGUCGCCGAGUCCCCAGGCAACUGCUCAACUAUUCGAAGAGCUGAAAGAGGGAAAACCUCAGCCAGACGCACAGACGGCUGCUCAAAUUGGUCUAGAAGAGGAUGAAGAAGGAAAAUCAGCGGGUGAAAAAUAUAACACUCAGAUUCAUGACUUUGUCGCUAAAUUGCCCGGUGUUCAUUCAAAAAAUUUACGCUUGAUACUGAACAAAGGCGGCUCGUUGGAUAGUUUGGUUCGUCUAACUGAGGAAGAAUUGGCGGAGUUGUUAGGUAAUAAGUCAAAUGCACAAAUGCUUCAUCAAGCGCUUCAUAAAAAAUACAAGCCUGAAAAUACAACGAGUGGUAGUGUCAGCAAAGCUGUUACUAAAGUGCGUAGCAAAGGUUUAUUUUCAUCAGUAAAAAAGUAAAUAUAUUUACUUUUUAUUAAAAUUAGUACAAAUUUUUUUUUGUUUGCUUAUUUAUGAUUGAAUCGUUUGAAAUAUAAUUUCAUUUUUUGUUUUAUAGUCAAUUAUUUAUUUUCAUUUGA